AUGCAAGGCGGGAGGAGCGCGAGCGCGGUGGAGGCCGCCAAGGAGGCGGCGGCGAACGUGGGCACGUCGGCGUGGGCCGGCAAGGAGAAGACCAAGGCCGUCGUGCAGGAGAAGGUGGCCAAGGCGAGGGCGCACGACCCCGCGGAGAAGGCGGCGGCGGACGCCAGGAUGCAGGAGCGCGUUCGCGAGGUACGCCCGCGCCACCCGACGCCGCUCGGCGACGACGGCACCCGCUGCUGGUGCUGGUGCGCCGGUUGCUACGACCGAGACGGGCGUAGCAGCGAAGCCGCCCGGCGGCGCCGGCGUCCAACGUGA